GAGCCAAAUUUGUGAUAAAAAAGAAAAACCAAGCACUGAUCUGAAAUUAAUAGAUAUGGCGAUGGGGUCUGGUCCGAAUUGGACGGCGCAGCAGAACAAAGCGUUCGAGAAUGCUUUAGCCAUCUACGACAAAAACACGCCGGGGCGGUGGCACAUCCUCGCCAAAGCCGUCGGCUCGAAGACGGCGGAGGAAGUGAAACGCCACUACGACAGGCUCGUCGAAGAUGUCAACAGGAUCGAGACCGGCCAAGUUCCUUUCCCUAAUUACAGAAAACCCGGACCCGCAGGCCGAGGAUUUCGCUUUGUUGACGACGAAUAACGGAUGAGGAGCCUACGCUUGCAUUGAAAUAUGAAGGCUACAUGUAGCUAGUUUUCGUCACCCAUCUUUAUUGUAAUUCCUAGUUUUAUAUCUGUAGUCCCAAUUUGUUAUAUAAUGAAUAAAUACUCUAUUAAUAAGAGUUAUCAUUGUAAAUUAUUUAUUAA